UAUGGCCAAGUUUACAGGUUAGUGUAAGUAACUUUGCAGUCGGAAAAAUCAAGUGAAGUUCUCAACGUUCCUCCCUUCGGUGUUUUAGUUAUUUUUGUUAUUUAUAUUUAUUUUUAAUUUUUUUAACUUUAUUACGUAAACGUCUGUGUGUAUGUGUUCUAUUGUUACAUUAAUAAUUAUUUUUUACUUUUAUAACGUGUGUCCGAUUACGCUAUUGUACGCCAUUACUGCUGUCCCGGAUUUGACAUAUUUCAAUUUACCGUAUGAUGAGUUGGAGUUAUAAUAAUGCCAGCCGCAAGUAAUCAAAUAGGUUCUGCUUUGUUUCAGUCUCUUUCUAAUAAAGUUACUGAUCGGCGGAUUCACCUCUCUUCUGUGGCAGAGGACCGUUCUAGCUAUUUAUACAUAGCAUCAAGUAGAAUUUUAGAUAAAAAUAUAGAAUUUGAAAUGUUAGACCAUAAACCUUCAAUGUUAUCUCAGAUUAAAAACAAUUGUAUCAUGUUACUACAAAAUGGCUGUAGUAAAAAAGAUAUGAUUAAGAAAAAUGAAAGGAUGAAUGGUGAUAUUAACAAAAUAUCCCAUUUACCUAAACCUAAAGUAGUGUUAUAUCCUCCUGAACGCGUACAACUAGGCUGGCAAGAUAAAAAAAUGUCAGUUGGUUCUGGAUUAGAUAAUCCUGGUGUAAUAUGUUACAUCAAUUCUACAUUACAAGCACUUUUUCAUAUUCCUGCAUUUACAAAUUGGCUAAUGAAUGACGAACAACAUCAAAAAACGUGUCAACAAAAAACUGGAUUUCAAAAAGAUUGUAUUGUAUGUAUGGUCUGUAAUACAUUUACACUAUCUCAAAAACAUACAGGUUCUAGCUUCAAAGCAUCAAUUAUAACUAAUCGCCUAUCUUUAAUAUGUAAACACUUGUCAACAUAUCGUCAAGAGGAUGCCCAUGAGUUCCUUCGUUACCUUAUUGAAAGUAUGGAACGGUGCUAUUUAUCCGUUUUAGGACAUGGUGCUAAAUCUCUAGAUAAUUAUUCUAAAGAAACUACACCUAUUAACCAAAUUUUCGGUGGUUAUAUCCGCACUGAAGUAACGUGUGAAAAAUGUUCACACAUAUCAACUACAUUUCAACAUUUUCAAGAUCUCAUACUCGAUAUUAGGCAUUCUGAUAACGUUAACGAUGCUUUAGACAAUUAUUUUGAAAAAGAACCAUUAGAUGAAUCAUAUGUUUGUGAAAGAUGUCGACGACAAGUUGCUGCCACUAAAAAGUUUUCCAUUGAAAGAGCACCAAAUGUAUUAUGCAUUCAGUUGAAAAGGUACAGUGUUGGCAUGGGAGGAUUCAGUGGAAAUAAAAAUAGUAAAGCUAUUCAAAUAAAUGAAAGAUUAGAUUUAUCUAGUUAUCAAUUUGACCGUCAUAAUUUAAAAAUUGAUGUUCGGCCAUUAAGAUACCGUCUGGUAUCAAUGGUAAUUCAUUAUGGUUCAAGUUUAAAUAGUGGACAUUACACAGCUCUUGGUUUAACACCUUCUGGAUCAUAUUAUUAUUUUAAUGAUUCAAAUGUUUAUCAAACAAAUUUCAAAAAUUAUUCAACAAGUAACGAUUCUUAUAUAAUAUUUUAUGAAUUGGAACCAUCAGGAAACGUAAAUAAUACAAAUAUAGAAAGUAAGACGUCAACUGUAACAUCUACUUCAACUUGUAAACCAUCUGUAAAUGGUUUUUUUUCAAACAAGAGCAAUGGAGUUACAAAGCCAUUAAAUGGUAUUACUAAACCAUUGAAUGGUUUAAACAAUAUUAAAAAAAAUAUUAUCAAAGACAAAAAAAGUCAAAUCUACGAUAAAUGGGAUUCAAAUAUUAAAAUGUUAAAACAAGGACAAGCAAAAGAGAAAUCACUAAUUGAGAACACAUGUAAUUCAUAUGAUAAAACAAUAGAACCUUCAAUCAAUGAAAAUAAAUCGUCAUUAAAUUAUAAUAGUUUAGUACCUUAUAUUGAUUCAGAUAAAGAUGAUAGUGAUGAUGAGAAUAGUUCAUUAUCUGGGGAAGAUAAUGUUUCUUCACCUGUGAUGUUAGGAAAAGUUAAACAUUCGAUAGACCAAAGAGUUCCUGAUAAAAAGCCAUUAGUCAUGAGACCAAAGGAAGAUCCUAGUGAAGUUGAUACAGAAACACCACCUAAAAAAUGUCUGGUAUUAAAACCACCUAAUGAUGAUUCUUCUAUCAAUGAACGAGAGAAAGAAAUUCUGCCAGUAAAAAAAUGCUUAGUAUUGAAACCUAAAGAUGAAGAACUGUUAGAAGUUAAACCUGAACCUGAGCCUGUCAAAAAGUGUUUAGUUCGAAUUCCAAAAGACGAUAAUGAAUCAAAUACUUCUAAGGUACCACAUUUGACUGAUGGAAAAGAUUCAGAUAAAAAAAAUCGUAAGCGAGAGAAUGGAAUUUUGGAAAUGGAUAGUAAUAAACCAAAAGCUGCACGUCUUGAUCACAAUUAUAAUGGGAGUAAGUUAUCAAAUGGUAAUAACUUUAAGCAUUCAAACGGAACAAAGAACUGGCCCAAGUUUACAAACGACUUUCAAACUAAUGGUAUUAGUAAAUCAAAUGGCAGCAAUUUUAAGGAUAGUAUGAAGUCAAGAACGCAUUUGGGUUUUGGCGGAGAUGUUAAAACUUGGAAUGGGGAAAAAAGUUUUGUAGACCGAGAGGCUGAACAGGAUAAAAUUAAUGGAGUUAAACGUUCAUUUGAUGAUGAGUAUAAUGAAGAUUUUGACAGAGGAGUUGUAAAAAAGAAAAAAUUUGAUAAUAAAAAUCAUCAUACAAAAGAAAAUGGUACAAAUGCCUUACAGAUGUUACAUAAUCAAUUAAAUCAAUUUAAUGGCAAAAAGGGAAGAAAUAAAAUCACUUGGAUGAGUCGAACCAAAAAUUACCGGCAAUAUAACAAUGAAUAUCGUUACAACAACAGUAAUGGUAAUGGUGGAGGAGGAUAUAAGAAACACAGUUUAUAGGCUCUACUGAAGCGUCUGUUGUUAUAACAAUGUUUGUACUCCGAUUUUCACGUUCGGUUCCUAACUUCAGAACAUCCAGUCUACAGUGUUGUUGUUGCUAUUAUUAUUAUAAUUUUAUAAAUAUAUAUAAUGUCUACAAUCGAUAGGUCAUUAACAAAGAAAAUAUUUUGUUUUUAACCUCUAUAUAGUAAAAAUAUUGCUUUUUCUUGUAUAUAAACUAUGUAAUUAAAUUUAGGAACAUACUAAGUGUAUACAAUAUUACUUUGUUGAAAUCUUAAACAAUAAUUCCACUUAUAAUCUCAAAAUACUUAUAUGUAUAUAUAUAUAAAACUUAUAAUAUAUACAUAGAUAAAUUCAUCACAUUUUAUUGAUAUAUUGUACUUUAUAAUGUAGUGAUUCUAAUGAUAAAACAUCUUGGGACUGUAAUUCUAUACACAAUGUAAACUUGAAUAUAAGAUAUACCUAUCUAAAAUUUGUAAAUAAACAUGUAUGUGUAUUAUGUACCUAUCAUUUGUAAAAAUUGAAUUGUAUUGCUUAAAAAAAUGUUUUUUAUGUAUAGUUAGAUAGACAAAUAUUGUAAGAUGACUAUUAUGUGUGAUUAAAUGUGAAGUAUGAAUUAAAAAAAAAAAAUAAAGAAUUAUAUAAUAUGUCAA